AAGAGCAAUUAGCAUUAGUAUAUCGCAAAGGAGUUUAUCCCUAUGACUAUAUUGAUUCUCAUGAUAGGUUUCAGGAGACAGAACUUCCUCCCAUUCAUGAAUUUUAUAGUACUCUUAAAGGUAAGAUUUCACAAGAUGACUACAAACACGCCCAGAAAACAGAGUUUCGAAAAAUGUCUAUGGAGUAUUAUGAACUUGAUCCCAGUCACUAUGUUUCUGCCCCAUCAUUAUACUGGGAUGGAAUACUUAAGAUGUCAGGAGUUAGGAUUGAACUUUUCACAGAUAUGGCCAUGCAUGAUUUUAUUGAAAAAGCUAAUCGUGGUAAUGUGACAAAUUUAUUUCAUAAGGAAUACACCUCUCAAAAAGGAACCAAAACAUCAGGCAUUUAUUUAUUUGGCCUUCAUCUUAAAAUAUUGGAUAAGGCAAGAGAUAGAAAACGAUAUACACAUAUAUUAAAGCCAGUUAAUCAAUGCGGCAAUUCCAUUCUUACAAAACAAGCUACAAAUAUUAGAACACGUAUGUUAGUUGAAUUUAAUAAGAAAGCAUCGAAACUUUACAAUUCAGAAGAUAUGCCAGUAUUAGAAAGUAUAUGUUAUUCUGUUAAAAAACAUACCAUUGAUAUUAAUUAUGUGUUAUAG